AUGUGGCCUUUAUUCGAUUUGGAGAAACAAUAUGCCCAGAAUCCCAGCAUCAAGCGAGAGGAAGUGCAAAAACUUCAUCAAUGGCUGAAAGCCCAACCUCAUAUGCCUGAGCUGUUGGAGCAUGAGGUCCUGUUGUUCUAUCAUACCUGUGAUCAUCACAUGGAAUACACCAAGCAGGUGAUCGAUAACUACUACACUUUUCGCACUCAUACAGAGGAAUUUUUUGGCAACUUGGAUAUGGAUUCACCACAAAUGAGGAUAGGCCGACAGGUGAUGGCAGGAUUUCCUUUGGACAAAUUGACAGAUGAAGGCUACUGUGCCAUUGUUGCUAAGAUCAUGGACAUUGAACCAUCAAAGUAUGAUUUUGUGGCUGUCUUAAAAAUAUUAUUUUCCGUUCAAGACAUGUGGCUACAAGGAAACGAUCUCAUACCAGGCAUUGUGUUUAUUAUCGACUUAGAAGGAUUGUCAUUUUCCCAGCUGGCUCGCAUGAGCUUACCACAAAUUAAGAAGUUGAUGUAUUUCUUGCAGGUAAGAAGAUCAGACUGUAAAGCAACCGUAAGACACACGAGAUCUGAUCAAAAAAUAACCGUUAUUUAA